AUGGGAACAGUCCAAACAACAAUAGUGGAAGACGACGUCCCGAGUUUUACGCCCGUCGAGUUAGUAGACAACGCGCCAGAAAUUCCGAUGGUGAAAGCACAAAUCAAACACGUUGUGUUAUAUAACAUCGACAAGAUGACGAUACACUACUCGAACCAUGUCCUGACGUUUCUGAUGGAUUUUGCGUUUGAAGGAGAACUGACGGUUAAGGGGAAGAGCGUUAAUAAAGAAGAAGGAGACAAGGAGGGGAUGAUAGAAAUAGAGAAGAAGAGUUUUAUGGCGGGGAUGAAGCAAAUGUACUCUGUCAAUAUCCCUGAUGGUGUUGUCGUAGUUGAUAUCGAUGUGUGUAGGCCACAAGGUGUCGAACUGCCUUUGACUGAAUAUUUACUGAUCGACCAUGUUACAUCGGAGAUCUCUCUCCUUGAAAUGGCUAAAAUGACAAAGAUGAACUUUCAGUAUGGAGAUGUGUGGUACAAUGCAUUUGAUGUGUUUGGUGUUGGGGAAGAGAAGGGCGGCGAAGAUUUGUGUGCCGUGUGUAUGUGUGAACCGCGCGAGAUCUUAUUAUUACCGUGCAGACAUGUCGCGAUGUGUGCGGAGUGUUAUAAUGAAGUCAAAGAAAGGACUAGACAGUGUCCCGUCUGUCGAGGUACUAUCACCGCUGCAAUAAACUUCUCAAGAAAACCAGAGAAGAAGGAAGUCGCGAUAGACAUGGAGAACCCCCAUCUCAACUAG